GAAAGGAACCACAGCUGGGUCCGUCUCCGGGUGCACCGAUUAUCUCAAAUCAAAAGAAGCUGUUGGGAUGAAAAAGAGAAUUUUAAAUCCCCCUCUCCACUCCACGCUGAUCCGCGCAGACCCAUGGCUGGACCUCGAAGUGACUGAGGAGAAGUAAAACCUCAAAGAGAAACAAGCAACAAGCUACAUCACUACGGAUAAGACGCAUUUCCGACACCAAACAGGGGUGUGGUAAUUGGCUCAACUAAACUGGAUCAACUGAUUCCCUCUUCUGCAGCAGAGCCCAUCUCCAAGUGAAUACAGAGCCCCGUCGCCCAGACGCUGUGAGAGCUUUCCCUGAACACGUUCAAAGCCACCAUUGCCAUUAUGGAGCAGCUGAAAUCCGACUUAAAGUAUCUGCAAGACAAGAGAGAAGAAUACCAAGAAGCAGAGAAGACGUGCAGUCAUAUGGGACGACACUGUGACAUGCAGCUGGAGCAUACAGUGGGGCAGAGCCAAGCAGAGUUCAAGAUGCUCCAGCAGUUCCUAAGAGAUGAAGAGGAGUGCAGGGUGGUGGCUGUAAAUGAGGAAUAUGACACGAAGAGGAAGUUGAUAAACAUACAAGUAGAGAAGAAUGAGGACCAGAUCUCCUCUCUGUCACAGAUCAUCAAUGAGGUUGAAGAGGUGUUACUGACAAAAUCCUGCCCCAGCAGUCUUAAUGCCAUUCAGGGUAAAGCUAGAGCCUUGUGCUCUGUGGCUGAUCCACAUCUGCUCUCUGGAUUGCUGAUCGACGUCAGCAAACACAUUGGCAACCUGUCUGUCCAAGUGUGGAAGAAGAUGAAGGACAGGCUCAGCUUCAGUCCGAUCAUUCUGGACCCAAACACUUCAAACCUUUGGCUCCACCUGUCUUAUGAUUUGGCUGGUUUGAGACAUGGAGACACAGCUCUGCAGAUACCUGAUAACCCAAGAAGAAACACCAAGGGUACCACUGUCCUUGGCUCUGAGGGCUUUAGCUCAGGGAAACACAGCUGGGAUGUGGAGGUGGGAGACCUUCCUACCUGGAGUGUGGGUGUGGCUCAAGAGCUAGAGGAGGAGGAUGACAAACCAGGAUCACCGAAAUACAGAGUCUGGGCUUUCGCAUAUGUCAACGGAGACUACAAAAAUGGUUUUGGUGGGACUGUUGCAGUGAAGAAGAGUCCUCAAAAGGUACAAGUCCAGCUGGACUAUGAUGGCAAGGAGGUGUCCUUCUAUGACCCUGAAGACAUGACUGAACUCCUCACUCACAAACAAAAUUUCACUGAGAAGGUCUUCCCUUUUUUCUGUGUUACAAAUUCUGGUGACGCUAAAACAACAGAAACGAAAAUCUGUCCCCAAGAGAUUUCCCUGUGAGGUUCAUGGAGG